UUGUUACCCUGGUAAAGACAAUUACGUGUCUGUGUUUACUUUACAGAUGCUUGUUUAUAACCACAGAGGAAACUAAAAGUCGGUCCCUCUGGUGUUCCUUUGCUAUCCUGUGUCCAAUUUACAUUUUUGAUGCAAAGGAUCUGAUGUAACUUUGUGUAAUUAAUGUUUCUCGGCCUCAUUAUAACCUCCAUUAUAAUCAGAAGAAAGGUCAGUUGUUGAAAAGCCAGAGUGUGGAGCUAAGAUGAAGUCCUGCCUUUAUCAGACUGAACCUGACUGAGCAGAGCCGAGUCUGAUUCACAUCUUCAGCAGAUCUGUCUCCAUCCAGCCAUCUAUCCAUCUGUCUGUGCUGAGGAGAAAUGGAGCUUUGGCCGCUUCAGGUCUCACUUGAAAGCCCCAGAGAUUCAGACCCGCCCAUGUCGACCAGUCACAGAUCCAGCUCUGUUAAUGGCACCAGGGAGCCUGACGGUGUCACUUUCUUCAUUCUCCAGGGCCUCUCCAGCCUCGGUGACAGACAGAUGAUCCUGUUUGUCAUUCUGCUGCUGGGUUACAUCAUCACUCAGGGAGGAAACAGCAUGAUCAUCUUUCUGGUACAAAACAAAGCUACUGAUCCAAAGCUCCACUCUCCCAUGUAUUUCUUCCUCGCCAACCUCUCCUUUGUGGAUAUGGUCUAUACCACCACCACCAUCCCCAAGAUGCUGGUUGGUUUCCUGUCAGAUGUGUCAACCAUCUCUGUCCCAGGCUGCUUCCUUCAGAUGUUUUUCUUCAUUCAGUUAGGCAUUACUAGUCGUGGCAUCCUGACGGCCAUGGCGUAUGACCGCUACCUGGCCAUCUGCCACCCUCUGCACUACACUUCCAUUAUGACCCAGCACAUCCAACUUCUCCUCAUUGCAGGAGCCUGGGCCUUCGGCACCUUCUGCACACUGCCAGCCAACCUCAUCACCUGGCACCAACCUUACUGUGGCCCAAAUGUGGUUAAACAUGGCUGGGGUGACCCGUCAUCUGUGAGGCGCCUGGCCUGUGCUGACACCUCAGUGGAUAACACUGUGUCCCUUUCCUUGGCUCUGGUUGCACUGCUGACAACAGGAGUCCUCAUCCUGACCUCCUAUGUCCUGAUUGGUAUUUCAGUAUCAAGGAUGAGUGUUGCUCAGAGGCUGAAGGCGUUUGGGACAUGCGUUUCCCACCUUACAGUGGUGUCCAUCUCUUACACUGCAGCUUCCUUUGUCUACAUUUCCUACCGGGUAGGAAACCUGUCACCAGAGGUUCGUAUCAUUGUAGCUGUGCUGUACGCUGCUCUGACUCCUUUCCUGAACCCAGUGAUCUACAGUCUGAGGAACAAGGAGCUGCAAGAGUCCAUCAGAAGGACUCUGGUCAGGUUCAGGUCUGCUACUGUUUCAGUCACGAAGGACAUCAGCACAGUGUCCUGACUGGAAAGGAAAGGCAUCUUUGUAUCCAUUUGAAAACAUGACUAUGACGCACA